AUGAACCGUUAUCCCUUCCCCGUCCUCUUCUCAUCCUCAAGUCCUCCCGUUCACUCCCCCUGGAAUCCAGGCUCUCAAUCGCUUCUCUCCAGCUCCAACUCAUCCUCUGACACAACGUCCUUCCCCUCCAAGUGCCCCAUUCAUCGUCUUUCUCUGUCUCUCUCGCUCCGUCGUAUCACUUAUCCCGGCGUCUUCGCUCGGCAGUUCCGGCUCCUCUCUCUCGCACGCCCCUUCUCCUACGUCCUCCGUCACAGUCUCUCGUUCUCUUCCGAAUCUCAUUCACUUCUCAAGGGUAAUCUAUCCAGAGACAAACUAUCUCGCCUCACACCUCCUUACGCCCGAAGGAUCCUCCCCUCGUCGUCUCUCCGCCCCUGCUCCAUCCCUAACCCCUCUCACACUCCCAACCUCUCGAGAAAUCCUCCCGCGCCCUCUUCGCCUUACUCUAGUCUGCAUCAAAAAGCAUCAGACUCGGCAGGACCUGCCCCCUCCUCAUUCUCCUCAGGCUCCUCGCCUCCGCACACCUCCUCCGUUCCACCUCCUCCCGCUCCCCUCUCUCCCCACCGACCCCAGUCCCUCACACUCCGAGCGACGUCCAUCUACCUCUACAUCCGUCCUCACGCAUUAUCGGCUCCUACACCAUCAUAUCUCUCUCCAAUCCUGCUUCUCUCCUCCGUCUCACAAUCGAACGGGAUCUCUCUCAUCCCUCUCGGGAAUCUCCUCUCGCACAUCCUUACGGUCCUCGAUCUCUCUCUCCCGCCUCUCCUCACCCACGUCGAGUCUCCCACCAGCCUCCUCCGGCUGCACAAUAACUCGCGCUCCUCUCUCUUAUCACGUAUCUCCUCUCCCGGCCUCGGUCAUUUCUCCUCGUCGGGAUCUCCAUCAUCCUCUCCUAAGUCCCUCGUUCCCUCGCAUCCGUCCCCCUUGGUAAAUCCUCAGCGACAUAGUAGUCCGCCUCAUCCUUCGUCCUCACUCCUCACGCCCCCCCAUUACCUAUCCUGUCCUCGUCUUAUCCUACGCUCGUUUCCCCAUUCUCUCUUCCAUUCGGACAUCCUCGCCACAUUCGACAUCUACCUCUCCCUCCCACUCUCUCCAUCACGUCACGACCAGGCUACCACUCUUAAGAUUCUCUCACAACAUCAUCGUAUCCCACUCUCUCCCCGCAUCUCCUCUCGCUUCCUUCCACUCUCAACCCUCAUCAUCACCACAUCACUCGCCAGGCGUCCCUUCCUACCGUCGCAACAUUCGUCCUCUCAGGCCAUCGUCUCUCCGCAAACAUCGGUGCAGUGGCAUUCGCGGACUAUCCACUCAGUCUCUUCCUACGUCUCCUGA